AUGCUUGUCUUCCGCAACCAAACAUCCUACAAUCGAUUCUGGGAUGGGCGAAACGGAAUGAACACACUCAACACCUGCGUGCGCAACCUGGUCCGCACAAUCGCAACAAAUAGCUACAGCUCGAAGCGGGGACCACCUACCGCUGAAGAGCGCGAGGAUAUCGAGCGUACUAUUCGAAUCCUCAUGGCUAUCCCGUAUGCCGUGAAAAAUCAUUUGCGCGCUGAAUGGAACGCUGCUUGGGUUUUUGGAAACUCUGUCGAUGAGCAUUUGAACAUGCAUCCAUCCACCCUUUAUAACCCUGAAUAUGCCAACCUGUUACCUGCGGGCCUUGAGGGUCAUGAAGAUGAGGGAUUGGGCCUUCCUUUCCAGUUGACCUUUUUCAUUGAUGGGUUUAUUAAGCGUGGCGAAGAACGUGAUUGGUAUUCUGCGCCUGGUGCUAGUCAAAUGCAGGCUCAGUUGAAUGCAUUGACUGAUGCAUAUGGAAGGAUGGAAACGAUCAAGUUGACUCCGAUUCCAGUGGCUCAUUUGAUUCACCAAAAACAAGUUCUCGCUCUGUUUGGCUGUGUUUUACCGUUUGCUAUGGUCGAUGAGAUGGGAUGGUGGGCCAUCCCCAUUGUCAGCCUUGUUAUCUUCACACUGUAUGGUAUUGAGGGAAUAGGCUCGCAGUUGGAAGACCCCUUUGGCUAUGACAGAAACGACAUCAAGAUGGAUGCUAUUGCCGGUGACUCCAAGACUGAGAUUGACGUUGUUUUGUCUGAGUGGCGCACGCACUCGAAAGCCAUGGAGACGUUAAAACAACAGCCCGCUGGUGCAGUUCACGGUAACCUUUGUUUAACACCUGACGGGCCUGAUUCUGGAAACGGAAUUGUGGACGAGAAGUACACGCCCCCAGACCUGUUCUUGAGGUUGAAGCCGAGUACUGCCUCAACUUAG